UGAUAAUCUCGUACUUGAUUGGACUUUUCUGCAAAUCAAAAUCAAUUUCCAAAACCCUAGACAGUUAAACUCUUCAAUCGCAUGAGCAGUGGUUUGCGGAGGUGGUCCAAAUCAUCAAGGAUUCUAGUAUCGAAAAUGGCGGAGGAAAUCAGCUCGUCCGCAGCCAACACCGCCGCAGCUCCGACGAAGAGCCGCUCAUUUCUGCCCUCUGUUUUGCGAUGGAUACCUACCUCAACCGACCACAUCAUCGCCGCCGAAAAACGCCUCCUCUCUCUUGUCAAGACUCCGUACGAGCAAGAGCAGGUGAAUAUCGGGUCGGGUCCACCUGGUUCGAAAAUCCGGUGGUUUAGGUCGACGAGCAAUGAGCCUAGGUUUAUCAAUACGGUGUCGUUUGAUAGCAAAGAGGGGUCUCCUACGCUUGUGAUGGUCCAUGGAUAUGGUGCUUCUCAAGGAUUCUUCUUCCGCAAUUUCGAUGCGCUUGCUAAUCGUUUUAAAGUGGUAGCCAUUGAUCAACUUGGUUGGGGAGGAUCAAGUAGGCCCGACUUCACAUGUAAAAGCACCGGAGAAACUGAGGCAUGGUUCAUUGAUUCGUUUGAGGAAUGGCGUAAGUCGAAAAAUCUCACUAACUUCAUUCUACUUGGACAUUCUUUCGGAGGAUACGUUGCUGCAAAAUACGCGCUCAAGCAUCCUGAGCAUGUUCAACACUUGGUUUUAGUUGGACCGGCUGGAUUCACUCCAGAAGUAGAGCACAAGUCUGAGUGGCUUACUCAAUUUAGAUCAACGUGGAAAGGUGCCGUUCUAAAUCAUCUAUGGGAGUCUAAUUUUACUCCUCAGAAGAUAAUAAGGGGUCUAGGUCCUUGGGGUCCCGACUUGGUUCGUAAAUAUACAGGUGCUAGAUUCGGGUCAUAUUCAGAAGGAAGUAUGUUGUCCGAGGAUGAAUCAAGAUUGCUUACCGAUUAUGUGUAUCAUACUCUUGUGGCUAAAGCCAGUGGAGAGUUGUGCUUGAAAUAUAUAUUCUCGUUUGGAGCCUUUGCUCGGAUGCCCCUAUUGCACUGUGCCCCUGAAUGGAAGGUACCGACAACGUUCAUAUACGGUUUCCAAGAUUGGAUGAAUUACCAAGGAGCACAAGAAGCUCGCAAGAAAAUGAACGUUCCGUGUGAGAUUAUUAGGGUUCCUCAGGCUGGUCAUUUCGUAUUUAUAGAUAACCCUUCUGCUUUCCACUCGGCUGUGUUUUACGCUUGCCGUAAGUUUAUAUCACCCGAUCAAAACAGUAACACUCUCCCGAAGGGCCUGCAAUCUGUUUAAAGGGAAGUAAGUAUAUAUAUUUGUAUUAUAUUUUAUUUUCAAUCUUAUACUUCGAUAGCAAAUAUCAAUUCUGUUACACUUGGUAGCAAUUCAUUUCAUAAGUGGCAUGUAUUUCCCCUUAUCUGAAAAAUAGGAAUAUGAUUUGAUCCAUUUCGUAUACUGGAGCUACACUCAACUUGUGGUCGUCUAGAAGUUUGUAUAGUAGGUUCCUGAUUAUUUAGAUGUAUUUUUUUCCGGUGAAAUUCUUUCUGGGAAAAAAUUGCUUGGAUUAAAAUCAUUAUCUUCACAAGUAUUUUGUUUGGGAGUUGUAAAUUCAUAUUUGUUGUUCAUCCCUCCAUAUUCAGUUUCUUUAAAAACUGGACUCGAUGUUUUGAUGGCAAAAAUCGCCAAAGAUUGUAAGUCGGAGUGGAAAUUGGAACGGAAUUUCCGUAUUCCGUCAAUUCUGAUCCGAAUAUUUUCUUUUU